ACCUAUAUAAUACGUUUUGUUUUGGUUGAUAAAAAAUAUUUCUCGUAUCAAUUAGUGUUAUCAAUUUACGUCACAACUCACAAGCUGUAAAGAUAUCAUUGAGACGCCAGUACCAUCCAUAAUCAGGAAUUGUCUCCAGGCAAUUUCUGUGCAAUAGUUCCCUAUUUAUUGCAUACAUAUUACCUAGCUACCGUGUCUCAAAACAAAUUCUGCAAUGCAGUCGCAAUUGGCUAAAAGUACUUCGUCCAAAAUAGUUGUGAUUGGUUCAUGUAGUGUUGAUUUUACAGCAUAUGCGCCAAGACUCGCGAAACCUGGCGAAACUUUGCACGGAUAUAAAUUUAUUACCAGUUACGGUGGAAAAGGAGCCAACCAAUGUGUUGCUGCGGCCAAAUUAGGAGGAAACGCAUAUAUGAUAUGCAGAGUGGGCGAUGAUCAAUGGGGUCAACAAUAUAAACAAUAUUUGAAAGAGCUGGGAGUAGAUGUUUCUCAUACAAAUAUUACACCUAACGUAACUACUGGUAUUGCUCAAAUAUCGGUUGCCGACAAUGGAGAAAAUCAAAUUAUUAUAGUGCCAGGGGCGAAUAAUAACCUUAGCACAUCAGAUAUUGAACAAUCUAAAGAAGUAAUAAAACAAGCGGAUGUACUUAUUGGACAGUUGGAAACACCCUUCUUAACUACCUUAGAAGCAUUUAAACUAAAUAAUGGUAUAAAAAUAUUAAAUGCUGCACCAGCUCGCACAGGUAUUGAAGAAAUAUUUCCGUUCUGCACAAUAUUAUGUGUGAACGAAACAGAAGCAUCUAUAUUAACGAAUUUAGAAGUCAAUGUAACGAAUGCCGCAAUAGCAUUAAAGAAACUUGUUGAUAUUGGAUGUGAAAGUGUUGUCAUAACACUGGGACAACAGGGAGCAGUCUAUUUAUCGAAAAGAGACCAACAACCUAUACAUGUGCCUUGCAAAAAUGUGAAGCCUGUAGACACAACGGGCGCAGGUGAUGCUUUUGUUGGAGCCUUGGCAACUUUCUUGGUUACUCAUAAGGACUACCCGAUGCAUCAAAUAAUCGGAGCAGCCUGCGAAGUGGCUACUAUCUCAGUAACCAAAAUAGGUACACAAACAAGUUACCCUACCAACUUUAAAGCUUUUACAAAGGAAUACGAAUACCAAAAAAUUUAAAUAAAAGUCACCGUUUUGAUUUU